AUGUCAAAAAAAUCGUUCUCACUGCACGGCAACGCCACCACAUCGAGCGAGACGUCGGUGGGGACGAACACGGCGACUGCAGCAGCGACGCCGGGACCCAGCAAAGCGCCGCCGCCCGCCGCCAAGUUCCGGCACGGUCUGCUGCAGCUCAUGAUACAUACCAUCGACCCGAUGCAUGACGGUAAGGUGGAUGAGAAAGCGACGCAGCUUCACGCGAUAGCAUCGCUAAAGGUGCUGCUCGAAGCGACGCGGCCGACGGCGGGCGGCGCGGGGGCAACUGCAGCGCGGCACUCCGCGGCGGCGGCGACUGCGCAGGCUAAGGAAACGCCGCUGGACCUUCCCAACGGUGGGCUGGCGGAUGUCCAGUUAGAUGCUAUAGAAGAGAUAGGAGACUUAGAAGAGGACACGACGCCGCUGGACAUGUCGUGGCCGUCCGGGUUCCGCAAGCGGAUCACAUACUUGUUGGUCGCGCCAAUAAUCUUCCCACUUUGGAUCACCCUCCCGGACACAAGGACUCCGAGAGGGAAGGGUCUGUUCCCCAUAACGUUCGUAGGAUCUAUAUUAUGGAUAGCAUUUUUCUCUUACUUGAUGGUCUGGUGGGCCAAUGUAGCGGGGGCGACGGCGUACGUGCCCCCCGAGGUGAUGGGCCUCACGCUGCUAGCCGCGGGGACUUCGGUACCAGACCUGAUCACCUCUGUGAUCGUCGCGAGGAAAGGUUUCGGGGACAUGGCCGUCUCCAGUUCCGUCGGCAGCAAUAUUUUUGAUGUUACUGUUGGCCUACCUCUUCCAUGGCUCCUGUACGGGCUGAUAAACGGCGAGCCCGUGCAGGUGAACUCUAAAGGCAUGGUGUGCAGCAUCGUGCUGCUGUUUGCGAUGCUCAUCUUCGUGAUCAUCAGCAUAGCCUGCUUCAGGUGGAAGAUGAACAAGGGACUGGGUUUCACCAUGUUCUUACUCUACUUCGUCUUCGUCGCCGUCAGCUUAGGCUUAGAGUACGGCUAUCUUCAUUGUCCAAGCGAAUAGAAUCGUCCAUUUUUCGGAAGGUGUAACUUUAUGAAUGGACAAACCACUGGUGUUAUUAGUUCAGUUGUGUUGACUUUUUAUUUUAGGCAUCGAGCGCACAAUAGUCGUACAAAUCAGUGCUGGUUAUGAAAGAUGAGCUUUCACGGACAUACAACGAAAUAAAACAGAUAUCCUUAAAAUAACUAGUCAACGUGAUGUGAAAUAUGUUCAAAUCAACAAUCUAGCAAUACCAAGCCUCGUAACGGAUGGCAUAAGUGUAAUUAAUAAAAUUAAAGAGUAGAAUAAUUUUAGUGGUAUCGUUAACUUUAUGUUUGAUGUUUUAGUUCGGUUUAAUGUCCUAGCACAAACAGUUAUAAUGAUUGCUCAAAACUGAUUUACGUUGUGAUUCUGUUGCUACGUAGACUACUUUAGAUGUGUACGAAUAACGCUUGUAAUAGAACAUGUCGACGAUACGAUAUUAAUAAGCGAACCAGGAUAUUUUGAUAAGUCAUUCGUAUUUAGUAAUAGUUAAAGCUUCGAUUGUUCAGUUGGAAUGAGCUGCGUUGUGACAAAUUUAAGAAGUGUUGGACACGUUGAAUUUAGAUUGAUUUGUAUCAGUGAAGCGACGGCUGUCGAAGCCUACAUUCAAGUGUAGUGGAAUCGAUUUUGUUCCUACAAUUUGACUGCCGACAUAACAAUGAAAAGUCAAGAUCGGACAGGUAAAUAAAAUCAAACCUUGGAUAAAUGAUAGUAUGUGCCUAUAUUAUAUAAUUUGAGAUUGGACGUGUAGUAGACGUUAUUGAUCCAACAGCCUCUUAAACUUGACAAGACGCUAUAGAUUUCGCGUUUUAUAAAGAUACGUUUGUAUCAUAUAUUUAAAUGUUUAGCCAUCACAUAGAUGUAGAUAUAUGAAUGUUAGUUGUUCUUACGAUGGCGCUUAUACGCUAAGUUGUAAUGUGAUUUUUAUAAUAUACGGGUCGGUUGAGUGUUGUAAAUAAUCCAAUAUAUUUUGUUGGUACUGUUCCUUUCUUUCUUCUGUUACUGAAUUUACGUGUGGUGAUUCGAUGUUGGCCGAAAUUGUCAUUGCACAAACGAUUAGUCGUAAUUGUGUAAAUACACAUGUAGGACGGUAAGGCGACAUAAUCUGAGCGAGACUUGGGUAGGACUAAUGAAAGAUACGUUUGAAAUGAAAAUGAAACUAGAUAGCUUUAUCAAAGGUAAGGUAGACGAUGGUAAAUCGAUUGUUACGCUUAAAAAAAAAUAAAGUUGAUGAAAUAAAUGCAUGGAUUCUAGAAUGUUCAGAUUUGCUAGCGGCUAAUACGGUAAUGGUUUUGAAGAUACAAUAGAUAGAACAUGGCCUUAAUCUGAUUGAAUAAUCUAAAAAUGAGUUUCGGUCAGAAAAUUUUGGAUAUAGAUAUAUAAACUAUAGGUUUAUUACUUAGUUACAAUAUCACACAAGUCUCGCCCAGACCGUAGGGGAUUAGACAUUACCUUUAAAAUAAUAUUAUCCAUGUUUCGUGAUAUGAAAACCAUAAAUCUUCCUCUUCUAUAAUCAUUGAAUUUAUCAUAAAUAGUCAAUUCUUAAUGUAAAGUCGUGAAUCGUUUUUGAAUUACAAAGGCACGGUUGGUACAAGUUCAAAAAUAAUGGUAACUAAUGUGAAAUAACAUCUCGAAAACCGUCCAUGACAGUGGCGUGGUCGCACACCAGGAUGUCGGUCUGGCUUCCAUGUUGGCGCCCCUGGCGAUAGAUGAACUCCAGAAGGUUCAACUUCAAAUACCUUUAAAUGAUUACAUCCAAAUAAAACUCUUCCAUUUAUCUUAUUAAAUUUAAUAUAACCAAUUAUUUAUUAAGGUGCUAUUUCUCGGGCUCAGACACGUGAGGGGUGCCACUGGCUAGAUGUCCUUCAGUGCCACGUCACUGGCCUAUAUUUUCGUUGUUAUCAAAUAAAGCUUGCGCAUUAUUUCCCAUGUCACGACGAAUAAUUGAAAGUUGAAUUCAAUUGUUAUUAUCCCAAAUUUUUACAUUUACAACCCGCCUAUUUAACAUAGCAAUAAAUAGAGUAGACAUAGAUAGUUAAAAUAUUUUUAAAAGUUAAGCUUUAAUGGUCAUUCCACAGUCUGUUCUGGAGUAUCAGCGACUUCAAUGCAACAUUUGACGAACGCGCACAAACAUUUCCAUGCGAAUGAAAUGCUUUAUAUUUAAAAUCAUAGGAGAAACCAUUUUGUGAACAAAACUGGUGAGCCCUCAGGAACAACUCCGUGUGAAAUUUUUUAGAUCUUAAUACAAGUCAACACGUGUCGAAUUCGGUUGUCUUCCACGAUGCUAAUGUAGUUCGGUAGGCGGUUAGUUAAAUAGGAUGCGUCGUCAAAUUUCAGAAUGUUUAAGCCUUAUUCGGCAUGUGACUUACAUCCAUGGUCUGUGCAGUGAUUCUGAAGUACUGGGAAUUUUGUGAGAUCUAGCUAAUACAUUAAUGCGCAUAAUAAUAACGGAUCUAUUAGAAAGAAUUAAAGAAUCAGAUAAGGGAUUAGUAUGAGCCAUAAAGUAGUUUCUUUGACUGAAAUGAGAUCAAACAAUGAUAUGCCACAUAACAUGUAUACAUCAAGUUGUGAGUCAACUAAUUGAUAUAAGAAUUGCGUUCCGGGGCCGCAAAUAGUAUGAGCAGAUACUGUAACACUGAUUAAUAACUCAUACAAAUGGGUUGCAUGUGUACCAAUGCGAACAAUUUGAGCUAAAAAUGAUAUGUGAAAAGCUGUAUUAAAAAGAUCUUAUUAUAAUCACAGUACUGCAUCCAUGAUUUUUCUGGUAAUGCAUCCAUCCAGGAUUUGGUAUUUAUAGUCGACGAGAAUCACUUAACAUCAGGUGGACUAUAUCAUUGAAGAAGAAACAUAAAUACUGGUGACAGAAUUCAAAAUGCAUUGUUUCUCCUAUCUUCCAUCUUCACGCGGAGUUAUUUCUGAAGAGGACGCGGUAGAAGACAAAUAAGGACAUAUCUAGUAGAUACAACACAUAGAUCGUAAUCUGUGAUAAGGGUAUGCUUAUGACAUAUUUAUAAUGUAUUCAAACAUCUAUAAUCUUGCGAUCUCUAUUCUAUCUUUCCUUUUCUUCUAAGUGAGUGAAAGAGAGAAAUACAAUAAACUAGUCUAGUGAGGAAUACAAUAAAUUUCAUGCCUCUUCUGUACAUACGCUUGGAUUUGAUAAAAUCUGUAGUUCGCAUAGCGAUCAAGUACUUCGACUACCUUUGCGUGGCAGUUUUGACAGUAGAGCACUCUAUUUAUGAGGUCGUUAUGUCGUUUUCAAAAUUCGAGAUGUCAAAACAAGUCUGUCAAAAUUGCCAUGACAGAGCGUAAGCUUAUUGAUUUACACAAACAGCCUUGGAAUCAAAAAGUUUUCUACGAACCGUUUCUAUACAUUACAAUACUUAUCUUUUAAAAAAUUGGACUGUAUCUCUAAUACUGUUCGGAAUUUAUUUGCAUUUAUAAAUUCAAUGUAGGAAGUUGUAAAUCGACGUAGUAUAACGGAAGCACCAAUUACAUAACCUUUACUUACGUAUUGCCUAUAAUCGCUAACUUUAUAUGCUAAUUAUACUAUUAACUAGAGAUUUCUUAACUCUCGAAUGUAUGUAGACUUUGUAAAAUAUAUCAUCCUUCCAUAGUAAAGUUUCUAGAUAUUCUAUUAGGACUUAAUCGGGGACGGAUUCAGGGGGUAAAAGAGGGGAUGACUUACAGAUUCCACGAACCUCACACCGUACCCCUCUACUCUGAAUCCACGCCUGUUAUAUUCAGUUUUUUAAACAUGGUACAAGUCGUCGUGUCGUCUUAACUUCAAUUAAAAUAUAUGAAAAUAUACAAAAUUUAAACAAUAUAAACGUAGUAUACUGUAAAACGCCUUAACCUAUUUACUAGAUGGUACUAUAGUUAAACGAGUUAAAGUCUAUAUUGCAAUGACGGCACGACGAAAUGUACCACGUGACUAAUGACUAUCAUAUCAGUCAUCGGUGCGUGCGGCACGAGGCAAGGCACAAGUAUCUACUAUAGUAGAUGACGCACAAGUAGACCGUGCCAUGUUUUAGACGACAAGCAAGUAUGUUUAUGUGGGAAACUUGUGCGUAGUAAGUUGAUACUUGUAGAUAGAUAUUUAACAAGUGUCCCCAGAACGAGCAACGCGACUAUAUAUUCCUUAAUAAAAACAUGUUUUAUACAUGCGAGUAAACCAGCUACAUAAAAACAUAUUUCGCUGUCACGGCCAACUAAUAAAUAAAUAAUUACAAUUGUCCAUUUCAUUACUAAUAAAAAUUAAUAGUGGCGUUGCUCGACGCAUAAGAAAGUACCCGAGUAUCGCUCGUUUUGUAUGGAAAGGUGCACAAGUACUGUUAGGCAAAGCACAAGUGCCUAUAUUACGUGUAAAACAGCGGCCCGUGCCGCACUCACAAUGCGCAUGUCAUAACACGUAGACACAUUAAAAAUUGCAUUUGUUCAAUACCAAAUAGCACAAGCCGAGCUAGAUUUCAUUAAAAUUUCCAAAAUUUGUUAUUAUUAGAAUAUGUAAGAGUUAUAUACUUAUUCCAUCGGUACAUCAACUAUUAUGUACCGAGUAACACAAUAUCCUUUACUUCUUGGCAGUCUAAGUCUAGGCUUAAAUGCUAUCAUUAAUUUUAAAAUGUUUAUUAACAAAAAAUUGAAAUACUAUGAUAUCCAGGUAGACAUUGUUAUUAGAGUGAUGGUUUUUAUAUAUAAAAAUAUAAAUAAAAAAUUAUGGCAAAUAAAUAUUUCCCAUUGCAUUUUUUUCGGUGCAUGCGUGACGUGAACACCAUAAGGACAUUUUAUGAAUAAGUGACUUCGAAGUUGUUUCUUCUCUCUUCAAUCUUCUUUAACUAUAAUUGCUGUGCCGAAAAAAGUGGAAUGUUUUUCUAGCCAACGAUUCCGUUUCUAGCUGGCAUAUCUCGAUUCCGUGUGAUUGGCGAAAAUUUAAAAAUAAUAUUCGAUUGUUCUUUUUUCAAACUUCAAAAUUGUUGCCAGUAUCAAAAAUUAUAUUUAUGUUAAAGCAAAUUAAAAUUAUUUUAAAUGAACAUUUCCAACAAUAUUUUUAAACAAAUAAUUGUGGAUUGUUAAAUAUCGCCGAAAUCGAGAUGGCAGCGUAGGUUGUUAAUAGUGAUAUUACAAAAUAAGAAAAAAAUGUUAUUAAUUUGAAAAAGCCGUAAGUAGAUAAGAUUUUAGAUUCCAUCAUGUUGUGACGAGAAGGCGGUGAGAGGCUCUUGAGAGGUUUAAUUUUUCGAUAAAAUGUGAUUUUAAAAAUAUUUUAACAGUAUUAUAGUCAUGAUUAACUUCUGUUCGAAAAUGGAUAUGUUGAUGAUUACCAUAGACUACGUAAAUGUUGCCAUUAUAAAAGCUUUUAAUAAUUGUUGAAAAUAUAUCGUUGUGAUAGUUUUAAAGUUAUCUAGUUUAAUGCAGAAUGUUUACAUAAGUUCAAAAUUUAAUUUUGAUAAUUUUGUCGAAAAGAGCAUCGGAGUGUCCGCGCAUUCGGCGACGGUAUUAUGAAAAAUUACAAUAAAAAUAAUAAAAUAGUGAGUAAAAAUAA